CAAAAUGACUGAAUCAUAAUGGCUUUUUGCUCUGUCAUCUUCCAAUAUCACUUACAGCAAAUUAAUUGCUAAUACCUCUUUAUUUGGAGACGUCUAGUGGUGAUAAAAAGCAGCCGCAAGCUAUUAGUUUCAAGAGGAUGUAAAACAUGCGAUGACAGCAUUAAAGUUUUAUGAGCUACAGGCUACAGGUUAUCACUUACUUAAAGAAAAGUUUUCUUUUAUAAUUUCCUCCCGUCUCUGGAAGAUUAAAGAAGCCUGAAGGAGCACUGAAUUGAUUAGAAACAUUACGCGUUAGAGAAAAGACGACGGUAGAUCUUCAAUUUUUCCCACGAUUUUAUUUCUAUAGCUAAAGCUGUGGCAACCGGUCCGCUGGCACUAAAAGGAUAUAAUGAAAUUUUUCCGUUGAGAUUAACUGUGUGGAUAUCAAACCAACAGAGGAACUGAGUAUCUACACCAGGAGCAACUUCGCUUUGAUUUGGUUCUCUUUAACGCUACAGAUCAUAAUAUGAACUUCACCGAUAGGGGCAAUGGCGAUACAGAGUCUUCUCACUUAAACGAAGAAAAUGAAAGAAUUAUAACUAUCAUAAACUCUGCGCUAAACGUUCCAUUGAUACUGACAUCAAUUUUAGGAAACGGUUUAGUCGUGGCCGUCAUAGUUAAAAAUCGCAGUCUUCAAUCUCCAUCCAUGAUUUUCCUGUUCAGCCUGGCGCUAUCAGACCUUCUUGUCGGUUUGGUUGCACAACCUCUUUACAUCGCGAACACCUUGACAACUAACAUUUAUUUUUUAAAACUUGCAACAGGUAUGAUGGCCUUUUUCGUCUGUGGAGUGUCACUGGAUACCGUAACAGCCAUUAGCGUGGAUCGCCUAAUGGCGCUAACGUAUCACCUUAGAUACCCGAGCUUGGUGACUCCGUGUCGCGUAAGGUACACUACGGUGCUGAUUUGGUUGUCUAAAGUCCUUACUUCCAGUCUUUACCUUUGGAAGAUGCGCGAAUGUCAUUUCGUAGUUGCCUUUACCACUGUAAUGUGUCUCUUGAUUUCAACAUUUUCUUACCUAAAGAUCUAUGGCAUCGUUCGACGCCACAGGUUGCGCAUUGACGCGCAGCAACUGGCGGUCCGAGGCAAUUGCAGCCCAGAAAACGUUGCGCACAUGGCGCGUUUGAGAAAAAGUGCAUUGAACAUGUUUGUGUUCUACAUUGUCUUGAUUUUAUGCUACUUCCCCAUGUAUAUAUUAUCCACUCUACAUGGAGCUUCUCUCUUGAAUUGGGAAACCAAAUGGGACUUUGCCCACACUGCCGUGUUCAUGAACUCGUCCAUUAACCCAGUUUUAUACUGCUGGCGGCUUCCCGAACUUCGAGAAGCAAUUGUAAAGAUGUUACGUAAGAUAUUCUGCGUUCAAACACAUCAAAACUGAAUAGUAACAUUUGCUUAAUUUAUCGAUAGUCAAUCUCUACUCGAUUAUAUUUGUUCCUCCUUCUGCUAAACCACUGAUUGAUAGCAAGUCUUAUUUCAUAAAUGUACGUCGAAUAUGGCGGCUUAAAUUUUCAUGCGAAAUAUAGGGAGCGUAAAACCAGCGAGAACGCUUUAUCCUCUUAGUAUAACUGAGAUAGCAUUUAGGUUACUUUGCAAAGGGUUUAAUUUUUGUAAAUUUUGCGGAGUGUUCUCGAUCCUCAAGGUUUCAGUUUUAGCGGCAAAUGAACUCCCGCAGAACAAAUCGCAAAUCGCCGUAAAAAAUAUCGCCACUUUCGGUCCUGUAGGCAAAACUAAAACAUCAAUUAGUAACGGUCGUGUUCUUGGUGUGAUUUAAAUCGUGCGAAAACAAAAACACUAAAAAUUAAUUUUUAGAUGAAAAAAAAACAAAGUUUACCAAAUAUUUACCUUUAAAAACAAAAAUACGCGGUUAAAUGGAAUUCAGUGAAAA